AUGAAGCAGAAGUUUAAGGGGUCAUCAAGAGUUAAGAAAGCACAACUCCAAACCCUAAGAACUGAAUUCGAAAUUCUGAAGAUGAAAGAAGGGGAAACUAUCAAUGCCUAUUUUGUAAGAACACUUUUAAUUGCCAAGAGGAUGAAAGCAUGCUGUGAGAGUCUCAAAGAAGCUGAUAUCACAGGGAAAAUUCUUCGAUCCUUAGAUACAAAAUUCAACUAUGUGGUAAGUUCGAUUGAAGAAUCAAAUAAUGUUGAUAUUUUAAUUGUGGAUGAACUAAAAAGUAGCAUUUUAAUUCAUGAAAAAAGGAUGAAAUCAUUGUUAGAAGAAACUCAAGCAUUAAAAGUUACAAAUGAAGAGCGAGAUGGACGAGGCAAAGACACAUUUAGGGGUCAACGAAGAGGCGGGGGCAGGCAAUUCUUUGACAAAUCUGCUGUUGAAUGCUUUAAAUGUCAUAGUUUAGGGCAUUUUCAGUAUGAAUGUCGUAGUUCAAAGAAGCGGGCUCACUAUGUCGAGAUCGAUGCUAAAGAUGAAAUAUUGUUAAUGACGUAG